AUUUUUGGGACAGAAGAAAAAAUGAAUGUACACGAAUAGGUGUACUAUGAAACUUCUCCUAUUUGUUACAUAUAUAACGUAUAUAUGGAGAUCUCCUGUUUUUAUUUUAUUUUAUUUUUUUAGUUUCAUUCCCCUCUUUUUUUCUUCUUCUAUUUAUUUAUUUUAUAUAUCUAUAUAUUUAUAAACAUAUAUUUCAUUUUAUUAUGCCUGAAAGCAUAGCUAAUACUGAACCAGAAUCUGAUAUAGACAAUAACCACCACAAUCAACAUGAAAAUUCAGUAUCCCAAAAGGAUAAAAAUCAAUUAUUCUCUGGGAUUUCCAAUUUAUUUAAUGGCAGUAGUGAAACUAGACCGAUAAAUGCUUUUAGAGCUACAGCUAGAACACCUUUUUCAAUGUCUCAGUCCAGAUCUGAGGAGUAUUUUACCCCGUAUUCGUAUAAAUCAUCCGAUUAUUUUACUGCAUCAACUCCAAAUAGUAUUAUGGAUAACGAAAGUUGGUUUAAUCAUCAUCAGAUAAAUAAUCCUAUAGAAACAAUUACACCAUCUUUAUUGUCAUCACAGAACCUUGUUGAUACUCACUAUUUAUCAAGGACAGUAUCAUCUUCCUAUUUAGAUAAUCAAAGUGAUUAUGAAGUCAUUCUGGACGAUGGCACAAGACAAAAGAGGACUAUUUCACUAUCUACAGUGCAAAUGACGUCUUCUCAGUAUCUCCAUGCAAACUUAAGUAACAAUGGCAAUAACAGAUCAUUUCCAAGUACUAAUUGGAGUUCCGAUAAAUAUCUCACAAGAAAGGAGCAAAGAAUAGUAACAGAAUCAAGCAAAUUAUUGAAUGAUGGUGAUACUUCCCGUGAUUCAAAAAAUCUGCAGCCAACUUCAAUAGCAGCAUCAUCAUCUUCUUCUAAUAAUGACGAAAGUAGCGAUAGUGAGGACAGUAGCACUAAUGAUAAUUAUAUUAAAACAAAGAAGAAGAAACUUCGAAAGCAGCAUUUAUCCGUCUUUAAAAGAUAUAAAAAGAGUUGGACAAAAUUUCGAAACCAAUAUUUGACUUUAUCACAUAAGCAAAGUAUGGUGUUAAAAUGUAGCAUUGCGUACAUGAUUGGGUCACUGUUUACAUUUGUUCCACAACUUAGCGCAUUGUGUGGUACACAUGUAGCAAGUCAUAUAGCAGCAACAGUAACGGUAUUUUUUAAUCCAGCUAAAACAGUAGGAGGGAUGGUAGAAGCAGCUGGAUUUUGUUGGAUAUAUACAUUAGCUGCUCUGACAUUGAGUUUAGCUAGUAUGUAUACAACGAAUUAUUUCUUAGAUCUCGAUAUGAAAUUAGUAGCUUACAGUGUGUCCUUAUGUGUAUGGCUUGCUGGAAGUACAUUUAUUAUAUCUUAUUUAAAAGUCAAAUUGAAUCGUCCUAGUGUUUUAACAGCUUCUGGUUUGGCAUUUAUGAUAUUAUUUUCUGUUAUUGUAAGACAAGGUUCUGGCAAUGAAGCAGAAUUUAGUUUUGAUAUCAUUAGAGAUACAUUUGCUAUUGUUGCUAUUGGAUCAGCUAUUACAGUUGCUGUCUGCGUCCUGAUCUGGCCAAUGACUGCUGCCGAAAAAUUAAAAUCUGAAAUCGAUUCAAGCCUUUCAUCAACUCGAAUUUUACUUAAGCUUUUAACAAAGACUUUUUUGUUAGAUACAGAUCUGCCAGAAUUCACUGCAAAUGAAACAUUAGAGACAGCUAUUAAAACGCAUCGUACUAGCUUCACCGCCUUAAAACCUGCUCUUGCUGAUGCUAAAUUAGAAUUUUAUAAUUUAGAGAUGCAGUUUCAUGCCAGGGGAUACAAGGCCAUUGUAGAGAGCUUAGAGAGGUUAGCUCAACAUAUAGGUGGUUUAAAAAGUAGCUGUGGUCUUCAAGUGGUGGUCAUGCAACAAUCAACCGUCACUACUACAAAGACAUUCAAUCAUUAUGGUACAAUAAACCAUCAAAAGCCAUCAUUACCUAGGUCAGUAUCUGGGUCUAGUAAUAAAGAAAUAUUUAAUGUGAAAGCGGGCCCGCAACGUAAAAGGAUGGAAUCUGAAUUGAAGAAAGAGAAAGAAAGAGAGCAAAGUAAAUAUUGUUUAGAAACGACUGAUGCUUCUAUGAAUCCAUCUCUCCAGUCUCCUUCCUCAUCGUCCUCGGGUGAUAGAAAAGUUUCAAAAGAUGAUAAAAUAAUAGACCAGGAUGAAACUCUCCCAUCUAAAGAAGGUGCUUUAGUUCAGUUUAUUCGUACUGUAAGAUCACCUAUGAAAUCACUUGCAUACACUUGUAAACAAACUAUUAUUCAUUUGCAAGCAAGGUUUUUGGGGAAAACAACUCAUACAACACCUUCCUUUCAGCUUAUGCGGCAAAAUUUAGCAAAUGCAAUUGAAUUAUUUGAAACAUCGCAACAUCAAGCAUUAAUUCGUUUUUAUAAACGAAGGAAAUAUAAAAAUCAUUUCAAUCAACAAAAUAUGAAUUCUGAUGAAUUACAUUCACUCAUUCUAAAUCAAGGCCAAUUUAGAGCUGAUGACAUAUUUCUUGUAUACUUUUUCGUAUUCUGUCUCUUAGAAUUUGCUAAAGAAUUAAUGACAUUAGUUGAUGUGGUGCAAUAUGUCUUUGAAGAUAUAAAUGAAUCUGAUCAAAGUAAAUAUGUAAGUAAAUGGAUCAAGUGCUUUUUAAAGAAACGAUCAAACGUUGCAAGUUUGCAAGGUUAUUCUACUGAAAUUUACAAAACUUCUGAUUUAUUUGUACCUAACAAUCAUAAUACCCUCAAUACAUUACAUACACCAGCACCCAAAACAAAAUUACGAAAAUUUCUUGUUCAUUUAUGGAGCUUCUUCUCCAAAUUUCGAACUUAUCAAUUUAAAUUUGCUAUGAAAUCAAUGCUAACAGCUGAGGCUAUAGCAGUAUUGGCUUUCAUACCUGCAACAAGGCCUUAUUUUACUGAAUUUAAACUUGAAUGGACUCUUAUUACUGUUCUAGCUGUCAUGCUACCAACUGUGGGUGGUACUAAUUGGGGAGCUGUUUUACGAGUCCUUGCUACCAUCUUAGGCUGUGUAAUAGCUGCUGUUACUUAUACGAUUUUUCACGAUAACACACUCAUGCUUUGGCUUAUGACAUGGCUCAUUUCUAUCCCUAGCUUCUGGGUGAUCCUUCAUCAUAAACAUGGGCGAUUUGGAUUAUUCACAUUGCUAGCUUAUAAUUUGGUGGUUUUAUAUAAAUUCAGGAACCGUGAUGAUGAUAGUAUUGAUGUAUUUGAGUUAACAUGGAUGAGAUGUGUAGCUGUUUCACUGGGUGUUAUCAUAGGCUUGAUUGUCACAGCCUAUGUAUGGCCCUAUGAGGCUCGAACUGAAGUAAGAAAGGGGCUCUCUGAUUUAAUUUUAAGGCUUUCCUGGCUUUAUAAACAAUUAGUAUCUACCUAUUCUGAGGACGACCAGGUAUAUAGAGAAGAGUACAAGAAUAGUAAAACACUAUUAAAGAAGUAUGAUAUGAGCUCUGUUGAACCAAAUCUAUAUUCAAAUAAUCCCUACCUCAUUACUAAACACAAUAAAGAAAGAGCGGAUGUUCUUCAAAGGAUCGAGUUAUCUAUUCAAGUUAAUAUAUUUGAGUUACAAGCACUUCUUGUUCAUGCACCCAAUGAGCCUCGUCUCAAGGGUCCUUUCCCUGCUAAAACAUAUCAAGCUAUGCUAGUAUGCUGUCAAAAUAUUCUUGAUAAAUUUUUAUCAUUAAGAAUAGUUAUCUUAAAGGACGUCUGGGCAAUCCAUGUACGACGCAGUUUUCUAAUACCUGUCUCCAAUGAAUUUAUGGAGAUGGCAGGCAAUGUAUUCCUCUAUUUUUAUUUAUUGGCUUCAGCACUACAAUUAAAGACACCUUUACCACCUUAUCUACCACCAGCUGAAAAGACACGACAACGGCUAUUGAGUAAACUCCAACAGAUACCUUUAAUCAUAGAAAAUUCAAUCAAGGAACUUGGGUUAACAGAGGAAAAGAAGGAUGAAUGUUAUAUGGUUUAUUAUGCUUAUGUAGUUUUGAUGGAGAAUAUCAUCCGAGAAUUAGAUCAACUUGGUAAUCAUAUGAAAAACCUUUUUGGUUCACUUGUUCCAGAUGAUCAGUGGGCGAGGUAUUUUGGUCAACAUACUGAUUUAGAACGAAAUUAAAAUAGACUAUCAAUUUAAUAAAUAAAUAAAUAUAUAUUU